AGGCCGUCCGGCGAGGCGUCUCUUGGGUCUGCGGCGCAGUUAUCAUUUCCGGGGUAAGAUGGCUGCAGUCCGUCUGCUGAGAACGUGGAGCAGGAAUGCGGGGCAGCUGAUUUGUGUUCGCUAUUUUCAAACAUGUAGUCAUGUUCAUGUUUUGAAGCCAAAUUAUGUGUGUUUCUUCGGUUAUCCUUCAUUCAAGUAUGGUCAUCCACAUCACUUCCUGAAAACAACUGCUGCUCUUCAUGGACAGGUUGUUCAGUUCAAGCUCUCAGACAUUGGAGAAGGGAUUAGAGAAGUAACUGUUAAAGAAUGGUAUGUAAAAGAAGGAGAUACAGUGUCUCAGUUUGAUAGCAUCUGUGAAGUUCAAAGUGAUAAAGCUUCUGUUACCAUCACUAGUCGUUAUGAUGGAGUCAUUAAAAAACUCUAUUAUAAUCUGGAUGAUAUUGCCUAUGUGGGGAAGCCAUUAGUAGACAUAGAAACAGAGGCUUUAAAAGAUUCAGAAGAAGAUGUUGUUGAAACUCCUGCAGUGUCUCAUGAUGAACAUACACACCAAGAAAUAAAGGGCCGAAAAACACUGGCAACUCCUGCAGUUCGCCGUCUGGCAAUGGAAAACAAUAUUAAGCUGAGCGAAGUUGUUGGCUCAGGAAAAGAUGGCAGAAUACUUAAAGAAGAUAUCCUCAACUAUUUGGAAAAGCAGACAGGAGCUAUAUUACCUCCUUCACCCAAAGCUGAAAUUAUGCCACCUCCACCAAAGCCAAAAGACAUGACUAUUCCCAUACCCGUAUCAAAACCUCCGGUAUUCACAGGCAAAGACAAAACAGAACCCAUAAAAGGUUUUCAGAAAGCAAUGGUCAAGACUAUGUCUGCAGCCCUGAAGAUACCUCAUUUUGGUUAUUGUGAUGAAGUUGACCUUACUGAACUGGUUAAGCUCCGAGAAGAAUUAAAACCCAUUGCUUUUGCUCGUGGAAUUAAACUCACCUUUAUGCCUUUCUUCUUAAAGGCUGCUUCCUUGGGAUUACAACAGUUUCCUAUCCUUAAUGCUUCUGUGGAUGAAAACUGCCAGAAUAUAACAUAUAAGGCUUCUCAUAACAUUGGAAUAGCAAUGGAUACUGAGCAGGGUUUGAUUGUCCCUAAUGUGAAAAAUGUUCAGAUCUGCUCUAUAUUUGAGAUUGCCACUGAACUGAACCGCCUCCAGAAAUUAGGCUCUUUGGGUCAACUCAGCACCACUGAUCUUACAGGAGGAACAUUUACUCUUUCCAACAUUGGAUCAAUUGGUGGUACCUAUGCCAAACCAGUAAUACUGCCACCUGAAGUAGCCAUUGGGGCCAUUGGAUCAAUUAAGGCCAUUCCCCGAUUUAACCAGAAAGGAGAAGUAUAUAAGGCACACGUACUGAAUGUGAGCUGGUCAGCUGAUCACAGAGUUAUUGAUGGUGCUACAAUGUCACGCUUCUCUAAUUUGUGGAAAUCAUACUUAGAAAAUCCAGCUUUUAUGCUACUAGAUCUGAAAUGAAGACUGAUAAGACAUUCUUAAACUUUUUGAGCUUCCAAAGAGUAUGUAAAGCCUAGCUGUGCCAGUACAUGUUCACCUUUACAAUUUAUAUUGUAAAUGAUUUGUAUGGUAUGAUUAAGGUUCUAAGGCACAAUAUUUGUCACUGUUCUGUUGAACUUUUUACCGAAAAUGAAUAAUGGUAUAAUGGUUCUCCUGGGGCUGUCACAUUUUAUAGGUCAGAGUGUGACUGCUUAAUAUGGUGCUGACGUCUUUGUGUCAAUGGCUUGAAACUGGCAAGGUUAACAAAAUUAAUGUUACUAAAAGACAGGUAGCCAUAUACAGACAGUAUAUGCCCUAUUUUUUUUAACUGACUCUUAAUGAAACUUUUUAAUUAUACUUAAUUAGGAAAAGGAAUUUAUAUACAAAAUAUUUUCCAUUUCCCUGUAAUCAUGCUAACUGUUGUAUAAAAUAAGUGCAAUUAUACUUCUCUUUUGAGAUAUCCAAUAGUAUAUUCUUGCUCUGUAUAGAGAAUAUCACCUGUAAAUAUCUUAUUUAUAUCAAUUAACGUAUUUGAAAAGGGAAAAGUAUAAACUGGCCUUAAAAAUGUCCAAUUAUAGUUUUAUAACCAGUUAGUCUAUUAAAGGUGUUUGUUUAAAAUGGAUAUACUUUUAGAGUUUUGGUAAUGCUUUAGCAUUUUGUUGGGAAAGACCUCCACUUUGCAAACUUCCCUUAUGUAGGGAAGGUACUUUAAAUGUAGCAGCCACUGACAUUUCUUUUUUUUUUUUUUUUUUUUUUUUUAAAUUUGCAGAAGUCUACAUUCUUUUAACUUUUUUGGUCUUCAGUUAAAAAAUAGAAUAAGAAAUUAAGGUCUAUUCCAUUCUCCAUAUCCUGGGUAGGAAUGUAAAUAACAGGAGAAGGAAGAGUCUAAUAAUAAUUAUGGAUAUAAAAAAUAAUAAAUUUUGUAU